AUGGAGAAUUCUUUAGGAACAGGUUUUAUGGCAGUUUUUGCAGUUUCUGGGAGCGUUGUAUUUAUUGCCAUGCAACUUCAUAAACGCCUUCUUUCUGAUUUCAUGAAGAAGAUUGAAUUCGAGAUCGGCACUGCAACUGAAUAUGGAAAGGAUCAAGUUCGAAAGAAGAAAGUAAGAUUCUCCGAUGAAGUGGUGGAGCUAUCAUGGAAUGCUGAAGAAGGGUCCAAGAAGCAUUCGUCGAAGCCGCAGAAUGAGGAUGGAAAUCUGGAGGCGAUGCCGAGAAAUUGGCAAGAGAAAUUAAAAAGUCUCCCUACCAUUUCGGAUCGGAGGGCUCGUCUUGAUAUUAUUCGGUGCUCCUCAGCACAUUUGCCGUCGACCACCGCCCUCUUCCUCCACAGUCCGUCCACCAGAAAUGGCUCAGCGUUCACUCAGCGCUUUCUCUCCCGUAAUUACUUUAUAAAUUUAAGUUUGAGGAAUUCUUUGUUGGGGAAGGAAGAUCACAAGAAGGGAGGUAAAGCAAUGACUAGACAAGUUGUGCAUCAUUCCAGGGGAAGCGUUCGGAAGGGGAGAUUAGCAGAGGUGGCUGGCGGAACAGCUGCAGAGUGCGCUGCCGUGUGCUGCUGCUGUCCAUGUGGGGUAGUGAACCUCCUGGUUUUGGCCGUGUACAAGUUGCCGGCAGGGCUGUGCCGUAAGGCGUUGAGGAGGAAGCGCCACCGUAGACUGAUCAAACAAGGGCUGUUGCCACCGCGGCAGUGCAGCUGCGACGACAAUAACCUCGAAAUCCACCCAAUUUCUGGCCCCGUCGCCAUGGUAAACGCUCUAGAAUCAAACCCAGACAAGGAUGUAAUUGAGCUAGAGAAGGAAAUGUGGGAUAAAUUUUACAGUGCUGGAUUCUGGAGGAGCUCCUCGCAAAGAAGUGAAGUGUAA